AUGGUGGGUCGUUCAUCCGGAAAUACUAUUCGUUCUCAAUACCUCUAUCUAUCAGGGUAUCUUGCUCGAAUGAAACCCAACCCCGGAACAGUCAUUGAGUACUAUCUAGUACCGUUCCUAAUUACACUCUCGCUUGCAUUUUUUGGCAUCAUAAUUUUCUUGGCGUUUCGUGUCUUUCGAACGUGCCUUCGUCAGUCAAAGAAUCGACUAAGCCGCGACAGCCUCAACAAACUUCCGGAAAUUAGAUAUUCAGAGGCCUAUCACAGUAAAUGCGUUGACCGUUGGCUUCUUCGACGUCAGGGUUCCUGUCCUGUGUGUAAGUAUCGUAUCAACCGGAAUCACGAUGACGUGGACACAGAUGCAGACGAUAAUAACGUCGAAGAGGAGGAUGAAGAAAGUGCCCAGCCAUCUAAUUCGUUAGUUGACCGUACUGGUUCCGAGACAAUUGAGGCGCCUCAACCCAUAGAUACAGCCUCCGCAUGUGAAACAAACACUGUGCGUGGAGAUGAUGACAGUGCUCCUCUUUUAAGUAAAUCCGCACCAUCCGCGUCAUGGCUAUCUGGAGGACAGUUACCUUCCAAUGGCACAGCCUGGCUUGGAUACGACAACCCGGCUGUUGAAACUGUCGAUGAAAUUAGCGAAGUCAAGGUGGAUGUUCACACUCGUGAUUUGGGUUCCGCGCAUUCCAGCCACGAAACGGAAGAGGGCGAAGGCCAGCCACAAACUCUUUCACCUGAAGAAGAAGGAGAACACCAUAAAUUUUUGCCUACACUUGACGUGUAA